AUGUCCUACUUUCUCCCCUCGUUUUUCCAGAAGCGACUGCUGAGAUAUGCAUUAUCGCGACUGGAGCUGGUCGACACAGACGCCCUUGACUUGGAGAGUUUGGGCAUUACAUGGGGACAGCGGAGCACUUUUGAACUAAGGGAUAUUGGUCUACGGCUUGAGAAACUUUCCUCGGUCCUGCAGUUACCCCCAUCGUGCAAGCUCACGCAGGCUACGGUUUCUCUUAUUCACGUGACGAUACCCGCAGAUAUAUAUAGCAGUAGUAUCGUCGUCGAAGUUGAGAACGUGCAAGUGAAAUUGAAGUUGCUCUCGGAUGAUGCUGCGUCAAGCGGAGAUGAUCGUGAACUCUGCAGGCCCUUCGACGAGCUAUCCAAUAACCCCAAGGCAAAUGAUCCUCAUCCACCCGGAUCUCAUAGCCACGACCGAUCUAGUGAGAAGAGUAGCAUCCUCCCAUCUACCACUGACCUUGCCCAAUCUUUCCUUGAAUCAGAGCCCAAGGAAGAAAAAGCUGAACUGGAAGCCGCUAUUUCGUCCCAAUCUCAAUAUUCUCAAUGCUCCGAUGGUCUCAGCGACGAUGGAGAGGAAGAACUCGGAAUCGGAGUUGAGGAUGGCAUGUCAUUACCUGGUUUCGUUGCUGGGUUUUUUCAAGGGGUGGCUGAUCGCCUACAAUUAAAGGUCAAGGAUGUGGUUUUCAAAAUCGACAUGGAAGUAGGCCACGAUAGAACGUCGAACAGUCCGCAAGAUCUAACGGUAGAUACUGUUACGGCUAUGUUUACGAUCCAAAAUAUAUCCAUAGACAGCGUCGUAUCGCCUAUGGAGGAAAACCCAGAGCUGAAACCUGGUAAACGCUUUAUCUCAUUCUCACAAAUUAACUUGAUAUUCCUUGCGGAUGCGGGCGUCUUCUCGAAUUAUUCUCAUUUCGUCCCUCCGUCUCUUAAAUCCCCUUCCGUCACUCAUUCCACUCGCUCUAUUCAUUCUAAGCUUAGCCACUCCCCACUAAAUGUCUCCUCCCCUGCACCCACAUCUUCUUCCUCCGGUUCGUCUCUUGUAAUGUCACGCGGAACUAUCCUCGAUCAGCCUUCGCUAUUGGAAGAUAGGCCUUCCAACCAUCAGCUGGCGGAUUCGGUGUAUACAGACGAUGGCAGGUUCUCAGAUGCUGGGACGGAAUAUGAAUACGGAGCUGGAAGCUAUUUGGACCAUACUCGCCCGAUGACUGAGAACCACUAUGAUGAAAAUAUACUGGAUAACCCUAUCUAUCUCGAUGAAGCUAUACGAUCCAACCUUGCUGAUGAGUUUCAAAGUUCUCCUCCUUCGAUUUCUGAUCCGACUGAUCCGACAGAUGAACCGUCAGGGGAUACCCCUCGGCCACGGAGUCCAACAUCCUUACCGGACGAUCACAUGUACCAUUCAAUGGAAAGUUCCACUCAUUCUACAAACCAUCCAUCACAGCAUCUAGAAAUACCGCCUGUUGAAUACCAACCCGAAUUUUCAGAGCCUAGUGGGGACGAGAUUGAGGUUUCCGAUUCAGAUAACGUGCCCUGCACGCAAGAACCAAGUAGAUCCGGGUCUAGUACCCCGCAAAGAAGCCAUUCAGAAUCCGCUUCCGUCGUUGAAGACCUGUCGAAGUCUAAAAUAUUUACUCAUGAAGAAGCAACAAGUAUAUAUAUGAGCGUCCUGAGCUCCAUAUCAGCAGGAUCUCUUCCGGACAUGCCUGGGGGUUGGGAAUCACCAAAAUAUGAGGCAAGCAAGAGAAAUGUCUCUUCUCCUUCCUUGGCUCCGUCAACGGAUGUUGAACCUACUUCAACAACUUCAGAGGGAACUCCAAAAGCAAAACCACUUGUUCAAUUGGAGAAUGGUGAAACUCGAGAUACUUCACACGUGUUAGGAAGUCCCUUACUGUCUAACCCAAAUCAAUCAGGCCUUACAGAAGCUGAAAUCAAGUCUCCAUCACGUUCACCAGAUUAUAUACCUAGGAUUGCCAAACGGGUCUUUGAAAUUGAUAAACUGGCAGUAUGGUUGCCGUCCUUAGACCCAAAAAUCACGAAAUCUCAGGAUGUGCCGACACAAAACUCUCCAAGAAACGAAUUUGACCAUAUGGAGACGUCAACUAUGAGCUUUACAGAUUCUGCUACCGAUGAGGAGCCGGUUAGUCUUUCUCAACAUCUUGCCUUUCAGCAGCCGCGGAGAGAAUUGAUCUUCUCCCAAUCCCUUCAUCAAUUGGCAUCCCCAGAGCAAGAUGAUACCAGUGUCCCGGGAUUCUAUGCUGGUACAAUUUUAGUUGAUGUCCCUACUAUUACUAUUGAGGUUGACAUCGCCUGUGGAUGGCUUUUGACAAUGAUGGGGCAAAGGCUCGUUUCGACUUGGAAUCCUACCACUCAGAAUGAGAAAUGCCGAAGUGAGAGUAAACAUGCAACGAUCUUGCCCUUAAACCUUACACUCGCAAACUGCUCGAUCAGAUUCUUGGAGCAUCUUCCUAUCUAUCGUUCUGCCUUCAAUGCUACAAGUUUACAUUACAAUCCCGAAGUUAGCGAGAUCAUCUUACGCGUAACAUUGUCGGGAAUAAACUUCAAAUCGUCUGUCCGAGGUGACACCUCGGAAUUCAUUCUUAAUGUCACCAAGCUCACAUUUGGCCAUGCAUCAGAAGAUAUCAUAUCGUUUGAUGAUGGGCUUAAAAUGCGCGAUUCUAUACGAGAUGAUUUCCAUUUGAAACGAGGAGACAUUUCACUAUCCGUGCUCUCAACCAAAGGAAACACCACAGUGGACUUAGCAACCCUUCCAGUCCAUUUUUCAUUUAAUCUUCAACGGCUUGACGAAACCUUGAACUGGUUUGGCGGAUUAAGCACUAUUUUGGAGUUGGGCAAUUCAAUUUCGUCAACUUCCACCAUAAAAGGUGGCAAAGUUGCUGCUAACCAACGGCCUCGUGGAGUUCAUUUUGAAGUAGAUUCUUCUAAAGCCCGGCCGUUGCCGGUUGGUAGCUCCGGAGUUAAUCCUAUCCCCUGGAAAAUUAAUGCUCGAAUGAAAGGCUUUGUCAUGACGUUGCAAGGAGACAGGUGCAGCUUGAAACUUAAGACAACCGCCGUCAAGAUCUUUAUGUUUGCGCCAAUGGAGGAAGACUUGGAUAGACUUCUUUUACUUUUGACUCCAUCCAAAGACAGGUACGGCGAAGACGACGACAUAAUGCUUGACACCUUGUUUAGACAGAGGAAACAAGGAGCUGUCCUUCGAUUAACCGUUGGAAACCUCAAGGCGGAUUUUCCUGAACCGGAGAUGCUCAGACCUUUAUCAAGCUUGGGGAAUGAACUGGCUAAACUCUCUACAGUCACAAAAUAUCUCCCACAAGAUGAUCGACCAGGCAUACUUACGUUAGUCCUUGUUCAAGAAUGUUCUUGUGGAGUUGCCCUUGGAGGAAGAAUAGGCGAUAUCGAAAUUUCUCUAACAGGAGUGGAAGCUGCGCAUGUUGGCAUUCCAUCUCUUAUGGCGGCCCGUGUUUCCACACUCGUGGUUUCACGAAAUGAUGAUGAGGAACUCGUUGGGGAAGCCGCGAACUCCCAGGAUGAAACUAACAUUGUAGCGCUGCCUAUGAUCAUGGCCCGAUUCAUUGCGGAUGAAAUGGACCCAACCGUCAAAAUAAAACUCUCCAACGUCCGUUUUGAAUAUACAGUGCCUUCAAUCGUCGCUUUUCUCGGUCUUGACAACGACAUGAGUGCUGAAGAUUUUGCUGCUAAUAUUGCCAAUUCUGUUGUCAACCUUGCUGAGUUGAAGUCCCAAGAAACGACAAUUCAUCGGCUGGCGGAAUCCUCGAUGAGCUCGGUGAGCUCCAGGCCCUCUCCAGUUCCAUCAAAGCUUUCAAUCACUUUAAGAGACUGCUUAGUUGGACUCAACCCUCGAAAAUCUCCUGCCAGGGGCAUAGCAGUUUUCACAUCUGCGAAAUUUUCAGGAUCACUGGAUAAAGAUGUUACCCUUGAUGCUUGUUUGGAAAUCCAAAAGGCCACUGUGAUGAUCAUAAACGACUCUCGAAAUGUGGGGACGCGUGGUAGCUCUCAUACACGAACGUCCAGCGAUAGUCAAAGCAACCAGGUUCAACUUCUACACGGCAUGGGAUAUGUGCCUGUUUGUUAUCUCUCGUCGGCUGCUGUUGUCGUAAAAGUAAUGCAACUUGAUGACAACGGCGAGAAGUCCGUCGACGUUGAGGUAAGAGAUGACUUACUCAUUCUGGAAACGUGCGCUGAUUCUACUCAAACAUUGAUUACCAUUCUAAAUGAGCUGGCACCUCCUUCACCUCCGAACAAAUCGCUCAAAUAUCGAACUGAAGUCAUGCCCAUCGAUGACAUGCUGAGCUCUUUUACGGGAAACGCAUUCGAAACGAGCCCCAUUCGGGAAGUUGGUAAUCUAUCAAAUAGCUAUCCUGUUGACGAGAAAGAGGGCGAUUUGGCUGAGGAACUUGAAUACGUCAGUGACUUUUAUCCUGUGACCCUAGAAUCAGGGAAACAUGAUCCGGGUCGUAACAUGCAUAUAUCUGGUACUAGCGACGCAGAUGAUGGCCUUUCAGGACUGGCGCACGGACCGAAGACGCUUCUCGAAAGUUUCUAUUCUGAAGCUCACGUCUCAUCUAGCGUUUCGAGUUUGGAUUUCCAAGAAGACCAUUUCGCACGAAAGUCUGCAGUUGGAGGCACAGCGCAUAGAUGGGACUCCACAUAUAAUACCUACGCCCUCACAAAUGAUGCCAAACUUCACGGUAGUCCGCUUAGAGUGAGGGUUCGAGACGUCCAUUUCAUAUGGAACCUCUUUGAUGGCUUUGACUGGCAACACACGAGGGAUGCGAUUUCUAAAGCCGUUAAGGAUGUUGAGGCAAAAGCUAGUGAAAAGUUUUCACGAGUUGGUGGUCGCUCUUCUCCCCAGAUGGGCAGCGAAGAAGACGUGAUUGGGGACUUCCUGUUUAAUUCCAUUUAUAUCGGAAUUCCUUCGAAUCGAAACCCUCAACAGCUGCGAGAGGAUAUUAACGCUCAUAUCGAUGAUUUAGCCAGCGAGACAGGCAGUUUUGCCACAACCACGACGAUGACCGACGGGUCAGCUGCUACAAUCAAAGCCCCUUCCAAAAGGAGCAAGAAGCUCAGAUUGAAUCGUAGCAAACGCCAGAAGAUGACAUUUGAACUGAAGGGCAUAUCUGCAGAUUUGGUAGUAUUUCCUCCCGGAUCUGGAGAGACCCAAAGCUCCUUGGAUAUUAGAGUGAAUGAUCUGGAAAUAUUUGACCAUGUGCCAUCGUCCAACUGGAGAAAAUUUGCCACAUACAUGUAUGAUGCGGGCGAAAAGGAGAACGGCACGGCGGAGCUUGCCGCGUCGGAAAUCAUUCUUAAGGCCACUAUUCUUCCCCUCCGUCUUCAUGUUGAUCAAGAUGCUCUUGAUUUCAUGACUCGGUUUUUCGAAUUCAAGGACGAUUCGGCGCCAGCUGAUACUUCGCCAACCGAACAACCUUUCUUGCAAAGGGUCGAAGUGAAUGCCGUUCGUGUCAGAUUGGAUUUCAAACCAAAGAGGGUAGAUUAUGGCAGCCUACGGUCAGGACGGACUACAGAAUUUAUGAACUUCUUCGUUCUUGAAGAAGCUGACAUGGUCCUCCGCCACGUAAUUAUCUACGGCGUUUCAGGAUUCGAGAAAUUAGGUGUAACACUCAACGAUAUAUGGAUGCCGGACAUCAAGGCCAAUCAACUUCCCGGAGUUCUUGCCGGUCUAGCGCCGAUCAAGUCUCUUGUCGGCGUUGGCAGUGGAUUCAAAGACCUAGUUGUCAUUCCAAUGCGAGAAUAUAAGAAAGACGGUCGUAUCGUUCGCAGCAUCCAGAAAGGCGCUCUAGCGUUUGCCAAAACCACAACCAACGAACUUGUGAAGCUGGGUGCUAAACUUGCCAUUGGCACCCAGACCGUCCUUCAAGGCACUGAAGAUUUCCUUAAUGCACCAGGUGAUGUUGGGUCACAACGCUAUGUCGCAACAACAGAUGACGAUUCGGCCGAUGAGGAGCAGCAAAAACAAUUCUCUCCUUAUGCGGAUCAGCCGGUUGGUGUCGUGCAAGGUUUGCGUGGUGCAUAUGCGAGCCUUGAACGAGAUCUCCUCAUAGCACGUAAUGCGAUUGUUGCUGUGCCGGGAGAAGUGAUAGAGAGCGGAAGUGCACAAGGCGCUGCGAGGGCACUGUUGAAACGAGCCCCUACCGUCAUUUUGAGGCCUGCUAUUGGCGCAUCGAAGGCUCUUGGGCAAACCUUAUUGGGUGCAGGAAAUUCACUGGAUCCUACUAACAGAAGACGUGUUGAGGAUAAAUACAAACGACACUGA